AUGACUAUUGGAAAGAACUUCUCCUUCUUUACUUGUGAAUGGUACUCUUACAAUGAAGAAAAGCACUUAUCUGUUCUGAACUAUAUAUUAGCAACACAACAUCGAACUGGCUACUGGCGGAUUUGUGCACAGUUUAUGAUAUAUUAUGAUAUUGGGGGUAAAUAA